AUGUAUGUGGUCAGGCUGGGUUUACUAGUUUUUGUUUUUCUCAUUGCUCCAUGCAAUGGGGUGUUUCGAUUUGCCAAUUAUCUUCAAGAUCAUAUGGUUUUACAACGUGCACCACAACGGGCAAUUGUAUGGGGAUAUGGUGAUGCAAAUGCAUCGGUUACAUUGAAAAUGAAUGAUAAAAUCUAUACGACAAUGACGCGCAAGGAGCCGACGAAUGCACUCGGCGCAGAUAUUUGGUCGAUAACACUCGAUCCAAGGCCUGAAGGAGGACCGUUCGACAUUAGAGUAGAAGAAAUCCUCUCAAAUGGGACACUUCUGACAAUCACACUUCAUGACGUCUUAUUCGGUGAUGUAUGGAUUUGUUCUGGUCAAUCAAAUAUGCAAAUGACGGUCAGUUUAAUUUUUAAUGCAACCGAAGAAAUUGCCAAUGCUGGUAAUUAUCCAAAAAUACGGCUAUUUACUGCUUCACUUAUCCCAUCAGCAGUACCUGUCGAAGAAUUGUUAGGCAUUAAUCUCAAUUGGUCUGUUGCAUCGCCAUCAAGUGUUGGUGGGCCUAAUUGGAAUUACAUGUCAGCGGUGUGUUGGCUCUAUGGACGUAUGAUACAUGAAGCUCUAGGUGGUCGACCCAUUGGUCUCAUUGCUACAAGUUGGGGUGGAACACCGGUCGAGUUUUGGAUGCCACCCAGUGCAUUACAUGAAUGUAAUGAUACAACUUCUGUACAGAAAAAUGAAAUUAUGACAGCACAGUUUACCGACCGAUCUUUUACUGCUCCACCAGUAAAUCAUUCCAAUUUAUUCAAUGCUAUGAUCUAUCCAUUUACACGUAUGGUUAUCUAUGGUUCGAUAUGGUAUCAAGGUGAGGCGAAUGCCGGCAAUCCAACAUAUGCUUGUAAGUUUGCAAAAAUGAUUGAAUCCUGGCGACAAAUAUGGAAUCAACGCACUAAUGGCACGACUGAUCUUCAAUUUCCAUUCGGUUUCGUCCAACUAUCGACAUCCACAAACGACAGUCGAGUUAUUGGAGGUUUUCCAAUGCUUCGUUGGCAACAAACAUUUAACGUUGGUUAUGUACCGAACAAUGUUGUUCCCAAGGUCUUUAUGGCUGUUGCGUUAGACCUACGCGAUGAUCCUAAUGGUAUUCAUCCUCGAACGAAGCAUGAUGUGGGCUAUCGUCUUUCCCGUGCUGGUCUUGCUGUUGCCUACGGACAAUCAGUUGAAUUUCAAGGUCCAAUUGUACAAAGUGUUGCUUAUACAAGUGGUGGUCAGACUGUGAAUAUUGCUUACACUGCUGUAUCAAGUAUUGAACUACGUAAUCCUGCUGGAUUUGAAGUUUGUUGUCAAGGCAGUCAAUGUUCCAACGAUGCCUUAUGGGUUCAAUCGAGUGUUUCAGGCAAAAGUGGAUUAACCAUAACAUUGACCGUUCCAAGUUCGUGUGUUGGAAAACAACUUUACGGUCUUCGUUAUCUCUGGCGCGAAACACCGUGUUUAUUCAAACAAGCAGCAAUUUACAGUGGAACAGAUGCCAAUUUACCCUCUCCACCCUACAUCAAAUUCUUCUAA